GCGGCGCUCUAAGAGAUUUGCAGAGUUCUGAUAAACAUCCACUUUUAAACAAAUUAUUGCAUAAAUGCUCCAAAGUUUCCAUAUUAGAUGACGUUUAACACGUUUACAGAGACGCCAAAAAAACAGCAGAUACUUCUGGCAUUGUUUUAUUGUUGGUUUCUACAUUAUUCGAGGAUCGGACAAUAGACCGCCGCAUGAUUGAAUCAUACGAGCUAACUGCACACACACAUAAACAGUGCAGUAAAUAAGUCUGUGUUUCAACUGAGAUCUGCGGGAUAAAACAUUGUAAAAUGAUGUUUAUUAAAGAAGAGAGUGAGGACAUGAGUUAUCCAGAAUCAUGCAGUUCAAAUGUCAUGAAAAAUGAAGAUACUGAAGAACAAAGAGGUUUAACAAAGCAAAACCAACACCAAAUACCCUCUGGAACCUGCUUAAGUGCUCCAGAAAAGAUGGAGUUUAUUAAAGAGGAGUUGAAAGAGGAGAGUGAAAACAUCAGAAUUUCAGAACCAUUCAGACUGAAGAAUGAAGAUACUGAGGAACAAAGAGAUCUGAUGGAGGUGAACGAGGAAAAUCAAGAACUAAAUGAAGUCGAAGAGAAACACCAUCCGGAUCAGACACUUCAUGAUUUCAUAACAGGUUUAACAAAGCAAAACCAACACCAAGGACCCUCUGGAACCUGCUUAAGUGCUCCAGAGAAGAUGGAGUUUAUUAAAGAGGAGUUGAAAGUGGAGAGUGAAGACAUCAGUAUUUCAGAGCCAUUCAGACUGAAGAAUGAAGAUACUGAGGAACAAAGAGAGCUGAUGAAAGUGAAAAAGGAAAGUGAGGAACUGAAUGAAGAGGAGAAACAUCAGUCUCAGAAACCUGAUGAUUUCAUAACUGGAGAAAAAUAUUUUAGUAGCCCCAAGACUGAAAAGAAACGCUCACAAAUAAGAACUAAAAAAAGAAAAGGCAAAAAAUCUUACACAUGCCCUCAGUGUGGAAACAGUGUUGCGCUCAAAGUAGAUCUUAAGCGUCACAUAAGAAUUCACACUGGAGAAAAGCCUUACACAUGUCAUCAAUGUGGGAAGAGUUUCAUAGAGGCAUGUAGUCUCAAAAAUCAUCUGUCCUUGCACUCUGAAGAAAAGUCAUAUAGCUGUGAUCAGUGCGAUGAAACGUUUUCUUCAGCGUCACUCUUAAGAACAAACCAGAAAAUUCAUCCAAUUGAGAAGCUUUACGUGUGUUCACUUUGUGAAAAGAGUUUUUCACUGCUGCACAAUAUAAAAGAGCACCAGAGAAAACACACCGGUGUGAGAGAUCAUGUGUGCUCUGAGUGUGGGAAAGCUUUUUACAGUGUUUAUAACCUGGAGCGUCAUGAAAGAAUUCACACUGGAGAAAAACCUUACAAGUGUUUACAUUGUGGAAAGGGUUUCACUAAUUCAGGAGACCUGAAAACACAUGAAAGAGUGCAUACUGGAGAGAAGCCGUACCACUGCACUUCAUGUGGGAAGAGUUUCAGCCAAUCAUGCUCUCUACAGACUCAUAGAAAAAAGCAUCAAUGUGGGAAGAGUUUCAGACAUGCACAUAGUUUCAAAACUCAUCUGUCCUUUCACUCUGAAGAAAAGUCAUAUAGCUGUGAUCAGUGCGGCGAAAACUUUUCUUCAGCAUCAGUUUUAAGAAAACACCGGAAAAUUCAUCCAAUUGAGAAGCCGUUCAUGUGUUCACUUUGUGGAAAUCAUUUUACACAGCUGCACAAUUUAAAACAGCACCAGAAAAAGCACACCGGUGUAAGAGAUCAUGUGUGCUCUGAGUGUGGGAAAGCUUUUUACAGAGUUUAUGACUUGAAACGUCACAAAAGAAUUCACACUGGAGAAAAAUCUUACAAGUGCUCACAUUGUGGAAAGGGUUUCGCUAAUUCAGGAGACCUGAAUACACAUAAACGAGUUCAUACUGGAGAGAAGCCGUUCCACUGCACUUCAUGUGGGAAGAGUUUCACCCAAUCAGGCUCUCUACAGACUCAUAGAAAAAAGAAUUGUCCAGGAAUGUCACAGUGAACAAAGUUCACCUCUGUUUGCUAUGUAAAUGGGAUUAAAUAAAAAACAAGUUCAAUUUCUCUAAAAGUAAUAACUACAGUUAAGUGGGUGAAUUGCUGUUGCAUUAUGCUGAUUGUCGUUCUGAAGGCAGAUUUAUACUUCUGCGUCAAACCUACGGCUUAGCCUGAUAUGCACCCCUUCAAAUAUUUGACUACAAUUCACAUAAACGCAGAACACAACAAAUAUGAUAGGCCCACUUUAUUACCAGAGACAGUCCCCCAGCAUGACAAAAAAAGACAGCAUAAGCUGGUUAAGUUUAAUGAAGUUACAAGCAAAAACGCAACAAAAAGACAACUUGUAAAACCAAAUAUGGGUGACACAGUAUUUGUUGUAUUCUACUCAAGAACUUUCCAAUCUGUAUGAUUUUUUGACUGUAUGUUUGACAGUUGUGUAAAGUAAAUAAUAAUUUAUGAAAACAGAACACUUCUAAUUUGCCUAUGUGCAAAGUGCCGCUUCUAAGCAUUAAAAAUGUUUUUGUUUUGAUCAAGCGAGUAGUUCUUAAUUUAUUUUGUGUUUUUUUUUUUCAGUACUGACUGUCAAAUGUAUGCAAAAAUAUGUAUUAUGAUUAAAGCAACUCAAGGCCAAGCCUACAGUAAAUUCCUGAUUUGUUUUCUUUCUGAAUGGCAGAAAACGUGUAAUCCAUAACAUGUACCAACAUGUUACCGUAUUUUGAUGAACUCGUUAUUAAUGCUACAAAAAUUUUAUAAA